GCUACUUCCGGUUUCGUACAAAUACCAUUCGCAUGAUGCAGUUAUGUACGCGCGUUUUAAUUUGUAUUGCGUAAUAAUUAAAAACUUAUAAAUAAUAAAAAGUUCGUCUUUCAAUUAUUUGAUGGAAGAAUUCGAUGGUAACGAGGAAACAGGUGAAACACGCGUAAUCUGAGUUUUUAAAAGUUUCGCAAAUGUUUCAUUGCGAUCAGUUGGAUUUUUUUCUUUCGAUCGAAAGGUAACUUUCGAUAUCAGUUGCAGUAUCGUAUUUUUAUGGAUGGAACACACGGAGUAACAUAACUCUAGCUGAUAAUUACGUCUGUAAAACGUGAACGUUUGACAGGACAUUCAUAGAAAGUUGGAGCGAAGUUGCGAAGUGGAUAACAGUAAAUUGUCAACAUGGCGAAUGCUGAUUUUAUCGUUACAAUUUCGGGCGCCGCGCUCUCUUUGUUGUUUUAUGAAAAUGUUCGCAAUUGCGGAGAUCAGAUGGGAUUUUUAUUGGGAGAAACCCUUGAGUUUGUAGUGAAAACGUACACGGAUGCCGACAAUCAGAUUGAAACAGUAAAAACACAGAACAAUAUCGAAACAGUUAUAACUUGCCCAUUGCCAGAUCUUUUAUAUGAUUCUAUCGGUAGAAUUAAUAAAGAAAAUGUGAAGGAUUUUUUACGUGACAAAAGUAAACAAGUGAUAGGUUGGUUUCGCUUCAGGAGAAAUACUGGAUUGGUACCGACUAUGAGAGAUAGAUUAUUGCAUAAUGAAUUUGCAACACACUUUUCUAAUGGUGAUUGCACCAAAGAAAAAUUCUUUGUUACAUGCUUAUUGAGUUCUUCAACAAGCGACGAAGGAGGUACACAUAAGUUUAAACAUGUAUUUUUACGACGUGUAAAGCGGAUACUUGAACCAGUUCCUUUAAGGAUAAAUAAUUUAGAAAAUAAUUCAAUUCUUCUGGAAGGUUCAGAUUAUAAACCUCCUCCUACCAAAAGGUCAUCCGAUUUACCAGAUGUGUUUACAAGGCUUAUAGAAUCUUUAAAUUUAGAUUUGACAAGAACGUCUGACUUGGAAUCUGCUAUUACUAUAGAGAAAGCAGCUGAACAGUAUUUAAAUCAACUAAUACCAGAAUUGUGUAAAUCUGAUUUGGAAGUGGCAGAGCUUGAAAAACAAGUUAAAGAAUUCAAAUUUAAUAAAAAAUCAAAAUUGAAUGGAAAUUCAAAUAAUAUAGAUCAUGAGACUGAAACGGAGCGCACCGUCGACGAACAGAAGAGACCACAGCAAACGUUUCCGUUAAGAAAAGAAUUUUCAGAAGACGACUGCGGUGAUAAUUGGGCAUUUAAAAACCAUUCUACCACAACUAGUCAAGCAAAUACUACCCACAAACCAAAAAAUACAGUAACGUAUGCUGAGAAAACUAUUAAUUACGGCAAAUUAAGAUGGCCAAAUGCAGUAGAAAGUCCAAGUCAAGAACCAUCACCACAUGUAAACUCCGUUUCCGAAUUGAAAGUGAACGUUACAGAUAAUGUAUCUAACAAAAUUAGACGCACCAAUAUGGAAUCAGAAGGAGUAGAAGAAUCUAUCUGGCAAAGUAACAUAAACAUGAGCGGAGUUGGACGAGGUAGAGGCAAGUUGUCGUACGACGUUUGCGGAUCAAAGAAAGCCAGAAGGACUUCGGAUCCAGUUGCUACGCGAAGUAACAGUGAAAGGACUUCACAUGUUCGAGUAUCCCAGCAAGAAUCGUCUGAAGCAAAUUGUGUACAAAAUGUUCAAAUACCUUACAGUCAGGUGACAAAGAAAAAAGCAAAUAGUAAAACAGAUUUGACGGAUAAUCAUUGAACAAAAGAGAUUCCUUUAUUUUUAUUUUACUUUAAAAGCUUUAUAACAGUAUACUUAAAAUUGUAGCGCAACUUUGUGCUAAAGAAAAGAAAGCGAUAAGAGGUUUAAGAGCGCUUACACUAGCUUGUACGCAUUGUAAAUAUUUAUACAUAAAGACACGUAUAUUUUAAAAUAUAAGUAAACCGAUCAUGUCUGAAACAUGUAAAGACGGGUCUGUUUUUUAAUGUUACGGAGAUGUGAUGAAAAAAAAUGCUAUCGUGCCGUGUUCAUAUUAACGAAUAUGUGCAUUAUAAAGUGGAGAGGCAUUACAGACUGAACUACUAAAUAGUUUUUAAUGCGUAUGUAACAUGCUCUUAAAUAUUUACAGUGCUCUAUAUUCCUAAUUUAACUAAGUUCCCAUUUAACUCGGAGAGAAAUAUACAGUAUAUGUUAUUCUUUGA